UUCACUCUUCAAUUUUCCCAAUAAUUAGGUAUAACUAAUAAAAUAUUAAUUCAAACAAACACAUUAAUUACUCAUCUUCCCCUUCAUCUCCCCAUAUAUAUACAACCCUUCCCUCCACCUUCUUCCCCAACUCUCCAUCUCUUUUCUCUCUCUAAAACCCACUUUAAUCUAUAAGUUUACACCCACAUUGCCAUUUCAGUUGAAUUUGGUGUCUGUUUGUUCAAUGGGACUUUGUUCAAUGGCAAGUGCUCUGUUGUUUAUGCUUGUGGGUGUUGUACCUUUGGCUUUAGCGGGUGGACAUGAUUACGGUGCCGCAUUAAGUAAAAGCAUUCUGUUCUUUGAAGCUCAGAGAUCCGGUUAUCUUCCUGGUAAUCAGAGAGUUAAAUGGAGAGGCAAUUCUGGGCUCUAUGAUGGCAAAGCCAAUGGGGUGGAUCUGGUGGGAGGAUACUAUGAUGCAGGGGAUAAUGUGAAAUUUGGGCUUCCAAUGGCAUUUACAGUGACAAUGAUGUCAUGGAGUAUUUUGGAAUAUGGUAACCAAAUGGGGGCUACUGGUGAGUUGGGUAAUGCAAUGGAUGCUGUCAAAUGGGGUACUGAUUAUCUCAUUAAAGCUCACCCUCACCCUCAUGUUUUGUACGGAGAGGUGGGAGAUGGUAAUACUGACCACUACUGUUGGCAAAGGCCAGAGGACAUGACGACGUCUCGGUAUGCUUAUCGAGUCGACCAGAAUAACCCUGGUUCGGAUCUUGCUGGAGAAACUGCCGCCGCUAUGGCUGCUGCUUCUAUGGUGUUCCGCCACGCUAACCCCGCUUACUCUCGAGAGCUUCUUACCCAUGCCGGACAGUUGUUUGAUUUUGCGGACAAGUACAGGGGCAAAUAUGACAGUAGCAUUACUGUGGCUCAGAAGUACUACCGAUCUGUCAGUGGAUACGCUGAUGAAUUGCUUUGGGCAGCUGCUUGGAUGUACAAGGCAACAAACAAUGAGUACUACUUGGAUUAUCUUGGUGAGAAUGGGGAUGCCCUUGGUGGGACCGGGUGGGCCAUGACGGAGUUUGGUUGGGACGUUAAGUAUGCCGGUGUUCAGACUCUUGUUGCUAAGUUUUUGAUGGGAGGGAAAGCCGGCAGCCAUGCUCCGGUGUUCGGAAAGUAUCAAGAAAAGGCAGAAUCUUUCAUGUGUUCAUGUCUUGGCAAGAGUAGUCAAAAUGUUCAAAAGACUCCUGGUGGUCUCAUUUACAAGCAAAGAUGGAACAACUUGCAGUUCGUCACAAGUGCAUCUUUCCUACUCACAGUCUACUCAGAUUACUUGACAUCCGCCCGAAGAGACCUACAUUGUUCUUCGGGCCCUGUCGCCCCAUCAGAGCUACUUGCAUUCGCCAAAUCUCAAGUGGAUUACAUUCUUGGUGACAAUCCAAGGGCAACAAGUUACAUGGUUGGAUAUGGCAACAACUACCCACAACAAGUUCACCACAGAGGUUCAUCAAUUGUUUCGGUUAAGGUUGACCCGUCGUUUGUUAGCUGUAGAGGUGGUUAUGCAACAUGGUUCAGUAGAAAAGCGAGUGACCCGAAUCUUUUGACUGGUGCCAUUGUUGGUGGGCCUGACGCUUAUGACAAUUUUGCUGACCAUAGAGACAAUUAUGAGCAGACCGAGCCUGCUACCUAUAACAACGCACCGCUUCUUGGUAUUUUGGCUAGGCUACAUGGUGGUCAAGGUGGUUACAACCAACUGCUUCCGGUUGAAGUUCAUGUUGCUAAGCCUAUUGCCGCUCAACCAAAGCCUAAUCCAGUUAAAGAAACUCCAUUUGCAGCUCCGGUUGUCAUUGAACAAAAGCCGACAACUUCAUGGGUAGCAAAUGGGAAAACAUACUACAGAUACUCAGCUAUAGUGACCAACAAAUCAGGGAAGACGAUCAAGAACCUUAACCUAUCGGUCUCCAACCUCUACGGUCCUCUAUGGGGUCUAACCAAGAGCCCAAGUGGUUCAUACGGCUUCCCAACAUGGGUUAGCUCAUUACCAGCUGGCAAAAGCAUGGAGUUUGUUUACAUCCAUGCGGCUUCACCCGCACAAGUUUCACUCUCAAGCUACACAUUGGCGUAAAAGGUUACGAAUGUGAUCAUUAGACGAAUUAAUUUGAGGUAUAUUUUUCGAGGUUUUAAACAUUUACGCAGCCAUACAAGAAGCUACCAAGGGAAGUGGUUUUCUAAGUGUGAUUUUUAGGUUAUUUUAUAAUUUAAGGUGUGUAAGAAUGGAGGAAGAAAGGAGUGAAGAGAGGAUUUUAAAGAAGUGCUCAUCCUCUUUCUCAUCCUCUUUGAUUAGCAUAGGGUUUGAAUGAUAUAGAUUAGAGCUAAUGUUUGUUUUCACUUCAAGUUAGCUUUUUGGAGUUAUCUUCACUUGUUUUUUGUGUGUUUGGUUGUGAAAAUUUGGCAACAUCUCAAGUUCUAAUAUAAACAUAGAUUAUGCAACACA